GCCCUUAUCCAGAUCAACUGCAUAAAGAACGUGAAAAACUACGGGAACGAAGAACAUACAAGUUAGAACCGGAAUCCUCUGCAGAAUCCCACCGACCUCCACCCCUUUUACAAGCGCCGUUCUCCCUUCUUCGUUUGUUUGAUGGUUUGAUUCCUUUCUACUUCUCCGUUCUCGCUUGCCGUUGAGAGUUUCAGAGCAGCCAAAAAGAGCAAUUCUUCCUGGUCAAAAAAGAGAACUUUUCUUCUUCUUCGUUUUUUUUGUUCUUUUGAAUUCAAAAGCUUGUCUCUCACGAAUCCAGAGAAAGUGGGUCGUUCUCUUUCUUUAGUUUUUCUCCUCUGUUUGUGCCUCUCUUUUCCGAGAUUCCCAUUUUCCUUCCCGUGCACGGCGUUUUGGGGUUUGUUCCUUCUUCCUCAAAAGUCUCUGAGAUUUUUGUUUUUUCUAUGCGAUCAUGUCUUGUUCUGCUAAGGUCGGGACAAACAUUUCUGGGUUGAAUGGGGCCGUUGUUUUCGGCUCGAGAACCAAAGGGGCUCUUGGGCUUCCCUCCUCUUCUGGUUCUCUGUCUUUUGGAGAAUCCGAGAAAACAAAGUUCCCUACUUUGAGGAUCGAUUUCAUGGGACGACAGCUGGUUCUCUCGGAUAAAAGGGUAUUAGGUGACUGGAGCAGGAAAGCACCUUCCAGCUUCUCUUUGCGUGCACAAGCAUCGAUCUGUGUAAGCAGAGCUAUGAGAUGGUGGGAGAAGACUCUUCAACCCAACACGUUGGAGAUCAACUCUGCUCAAGAACUUGUCGAUUCUUUGCUGAAUGCUGGUGAUCGAUUGGUUGUGGUUGAUUUUUAUUCACCUGGUUGUGGUGGUUGCAAAGCUCUUCACCCCAAGAUUUGUCAGCUGGCGGAGUCUAAUCCGAGCGCGAUCUUUCUCAAAGUUAAUUACGAAGAGCUGAGAACGAUGUGCCAGUGCCUCCACAUCCAUGUCCUUCCGUUCUUUAGAUUUUACAGGGGCUCGGAAGGCCGGCUAUGCAGCUUCAGCUGCACUAAUGCAACCAUCAAGAAGUUCAAAGACGCAAUAGUGAAGCACGGGGUCGAGCAAUGCAGCAUUGGCCCUGCAAAAGGUUUGGAUGAUUCCGAACUCGCGAAACUAGCGGAUUGCGGCGAAAUACCGAGAGAUCUGCGGUUGCCCGUCGUGACGGGUAACAUGGUCAUGAUGGCUAGCUUGGAGAAGAGAGCGGUCACCAGGAUGGGGACUGAAGACAAGAGUCCCUUGAUAAUUGUUUGAAGCAUGAUGCUUCUUCUCAGAUUCAACUGGAAAGAUGGCGCUUAGUUGAUCGAAGUUCUGCUGUGAAUUGGGCAGCCCAAGAUUUGAUUUUUGGUAAUUGUAGGCUGUCAAGUACAUAUAUUUAUCAUCAUCAUCAUCAUCAUCAUUUGGUCUUUUUCCAAAAACAGGGCCUGUGUUCUUUUUGUCAUUGAGCCCUGCUUUGUUUUUUCGUUUGUUAGUUCGUUUACUUUGGAUCUGGUACUUGUUUAUGUGGUAUAAGGAUGAGGUUCAGAUCGAGAAUUUGAUUAUGAUCUGAUCCAUGAUUGGCAAGACAAACCAGUUUGUCCCA